GCUCUUCUUGGACAUCUGCUUAACCAUUAUUCAACGAACAAAGCAAAAGAAUUGUUAAAGACUAAAGAACCUAAAGGCAAUAAGAAACUUAGAAUCAAAGUUAAACACCACAAACAAGUUUCUUUGAGAAGGUUGAUGCUAGCUGAGCUUCAUGUUUAUAUUUGGGUUCCACUAAAAAGAAAAUGUUGACAGUAUUUGGUCGGAAAAUCAGCUCCUACCCACUGGCAAUGCAAGGAUGAUUUCCUCUGCAGUAGCCAUGAGGAAGAAGAAACCAAAGUAUUCCAUUCUUAUUCUCUCUAUUAAAUCUCAUUCGUAGUGAGGAACAAGAGAAGCAAUAUACUGUAAAGAGAUUAAAAUAAUUUGUUUGAAGAAAAGUGGCAUUUCAUAUCAUUGCUUCCUGUUGCUUUCUCUUGUCAUGGUGAUAUUGCAGCUUUCUCUUCCUAUAUCCAUGGAUCUCAAAAAAAAUGGUGCCAUUAAUGGAUCAGCAAGAAUCCGUCGAAAACUUUCAUCGAAGUUCCGUUGUACACUUCCGCCAAGAUUGUUCAUAUCCAAUUCACGGCAGCCUCAGUAUCCCAAUUUGCUGUUUCCCUCAAGUCAUCAGAGUGUAGCAGCUAUCGUGUUAGAAGAUGGAUCGCAGUCAAGGCUUUACCCAUUGACGAAGAAAACAUCAGAAGGGGCCAUUCCUAUAGCAGCAAAUUACAGACUCGUUGAUGCAGUGGUCAGCAACUGCAUUAACAGUAACAUAAACAGGAUAUAUGCUCUUACUCAAUUCAAUUCAACUUCUCUCAAUUCCCACCUUUCCAGAGCUUAUACUGGACAAGGUCCUGGAAAAGAGGGAUUCGUUGAAGUUAUCACUGCUUACCAGAGCCUUGAAGACGAUGACUGGUUUCAGGGAGCUGCAGAUGCUGUUAGAAGAUGCUUGUGGUUGAUGGAAGAGUAUCCCGUGACUGAGUUUCUAAUCCUUCCUGGCCACCAUCUCUACAAAAUGGACUACCAGAAAAUCAUAGAAGCACAUCGAAACAGCAAGGCUGACAUGACUAUUGCAGCAUUGAGUGCUCGGAGAGAGCAAGACCCAAAUUUUGGCUUUUUGAGAUUGAAUUCAGAAAAUCAAGUUCUAGAGUUUAGAUUGAAGUCAGAUAGUGAGCCAAUCACUUUUGUUUCAGAGGAAAGCCCAAUGAAAUGCAAUGAUGUUGCAUAUCGAGAAUUUUCAAGUAUGGGAAUAUAUCUCAUUAAUAGAGAUAUAAUGGUAAAGCUUCUAAGAGAACAUUUUCCCAAGGCAAAUGACUUCGCAAGUGAAGUAGUACCAGGUGCAAUAUCCUUAGGAAUGAAGGUACAAGCUUUUCUCUUUGAUGGGUACUGGGAAGACAUGAGGAGCAUUGAAGCAUUCUACCUAGCAAAUAUGGAAAGUACAAAGAAAGCAGACAUGGCAUUUAACUUCUUCGAUAAAAAGUCUCCCAUCUACACUUUACCUCGGGUUCUGCCUCCAACUCAUGUGACUGAUGCUAUAAUAAUAGACAGCGUCAUUGGAGGUGGUUGCAUUCUCGGUAGGUGCAAGAUCAAAGGUACAGUAGCCGGUAUGAAGACAAGAAUUGGAGAUGGGGCUGUAAUAGAGGACUCAGUGAUCAUGGGUUCUGAUAUUUAUCAAAUGGAAGAUAUUCGGCGGAGCGGCGUGGACAGGAAAGGCCUAGAUAUUCCUAUAGGAAUUGGUGAAGAUACUCAAAUAAGGAAGGCCAUUGUAGAUAAGAAUGCAAGAAUUGGCAGAAAUGUUUUGAUUAUAAACAAAGACAACGUCAGAGAAGGGAACAAUGAAGCCAAUGGGUACAUGAUCAGUGAGGGAAUUGUGGUUGUUCUUCAUAGUGCAGUCAUCCCCAACGGCAGCAUUAUAUGAGAGUUUUGAGUCAGAAGAAUUCUCUCCAGUUUGGUUCUUCGAUUGAAAAUUAUAGUGUAUACAAACUAUAUAUGUAAUGCACACAACACAAAACAGACGGUUCAUCAUAGAAUGAUCAUUCUUUUGACGAAAUGCGUCGCCAACAAUAAGAAAGUUAUAUUCAUUCACAGAUUUAUUGAAUGUAAAAUUCACAAUACUUCAUUGUUCCUGCUGAAAA